AUGCCACUUAAUGCUGAAUACGCAAGAGAACUAAGGGCAGUGUUCAAGAUUCUAGAAUUUUCAAUUGGUGUUGGUCUAGUAGUAUCAAUAGUUGUUGCUGAUCGCUAUCGGAUUACUGUAGCUGGUGCAUUUAUAACAUUUUUUGCACUAAUAGGGGUACUCACAUCUCUAUUUUUCUUCGUUGUUCACCUAUCUAGCCUUAUUUACAAGAUUCCAGGACCUGUAACAUUAAUUGAAUUUAUUUCCAUAAAACUAUGCGCUAUUUUGGCUUUAAUCGCGAUGAUUAUAACAGCUGCAACUGGUGGAGGUUUUGCAGCUCCGAUAGCCUCAGCAAUUUUAUUUGCAGUCAGCUUCGUGUUCUAUGGCAUUGAUACAUUCAUCUUAUUUUCAUAUUAUCGACUGAAUGGUGGUUACGUAAAUGAUCCUAAAAUUAAACAACGUCCUAACAUACCGCCAAAAGUAAACCAGACAUCAGAAGCCAUAACACCGCCUGAAUAUCCAAAUGUUGGUUUCGAAAAAGAAUGA